AGGGGAGAGGCGACGGUGGUAGUAUUUCUUGGACCCCACGCCUUCUCCUCCGCCCCCUCGCCGCUGACGUGGCGCCCACCGCUUGAAAAAAGACUCACGUAGCAGAUAUUCCCCCCGCUCCCUUCCCCUCUCGUCCUCCACUCGAAUGUCUCCCCACGCCGACGCAGCCACGGCCACCGCCUCUUCCGGCGCGUCGCCGUCGCCCUCCCCAGCGGCGGCGGCGGCGGUGGGGCGGGGGAUGGUGCGGUCGGACCAGAUCCUCCCGCGCCGCUCCCUCCGCGUCCUCCUCGUCGAGCACGACGACUCCACCCGCCAGGUCGUCACCGCGCUCCUCCGCAAGUGCGGCUACCGCGUGGCGGCGGUGGCGGACGGGAUGAAGGCGUGGGAGGUCAUGCGGGAACGCGCGUACGCCUUCGACCUCGUGCUCACGGAGGUCGACAUGCCCACACUCUCGGGCAUCCAGUUGCUCGCCAGGAUCGCCGCCGCCGCCGAGUGCAAGAACAUCCCCGUCAUCAUGAUGUCGUCCCAAGAUUCUAUUGGCACGGUGCUCAAGUGCAUGCAGAAGGGUGCAGUGGACUUCCUUGUAAAACCACUGAGAAAGAAUGAGUUGCGUAACUUGUGGCAACAUGUAUGGAGGCGGCAUGCAAUGAAUAGCCAAACAAAUGGAUCAGAAAAUAAUGCAGCCAGCAAUCAUAUAAGUGCCAAUGCUGCUAAUGGGUCAAAGACAGGAGAAAACAGCGAUGAGGAAAGUGAUGCCCAAAGCUUUAGAAGCAAGAGGGAGACUGAAAUUCAGAGCGUUGAGAAAUUAUCAAAGAUUUGUACAGAUGAAGGGGCUGGUUCAUCCAGAAAACUUAAAAUACAGAAUGAGUCUUAUAACACAAAAGUGCAUGUGUCAAAAGGCAGUGAUGAUGCUCCAAGUGGAAGUGCGUGUGACAUUAGUAAGCUACAAGCGUUUUCAGCUGAGAAGAAUGCACGCUCCAAAUGCCUUAAUGGUAUUACUUCUGCAAAGGUUGCUGAGCAAAUAAUGGAUAAUGCCUUGAGGUUCGCUGAUGCAAGUUCACGUCGUCCAAGCAAUCUUGGCAAAGAUUUGGCUAUGACCCAACCAACAGCUGACAGAAAAUGCAAAUCUUCAGUCAUGGAAAAUAAUGCUGUCAUGGAAAAUAACCUUGGUGAAAACUCAAAGGGUGCUACAAUAGGUCAUGCAGAAUCUUGCCCCUCCCAAUUUCUGGAGAUCAACUUAGGAAAGCAACACUGUCUUAAUGGUUAUGCAAACCAAGAGUUUAGGGAAAAAGAUACCUUCAAUCAUUCAAAUUCCUCUGCCUUUUCGAGAUAUGGUAAUAAAACGAUAGAACCAUCAGCUCAGCAACAGUUGUUCCCUUCUCUCUGCAUAACCCGCCAAGAACCUGUGUAUGAAAAGGACCCAGUUCUACAACCCAAUGGGGUAUUGCCGUCCCAUGAACAUAAUACAGGCGAGAGUAGAAUGCAAACUCGAAUUCCUUUGGGCAGUAGCACGGAUGGUGCUGCUAUCCUGUGUUCCAGUAGCGCAAGAGAAGAUGCUGGUACAAGCAAUUCCUCUCAUAGAAAGGACAGCCUGAACCAUCCUUCAUAUGGGUUUAUACCUCUUCCAAUUCCUGUUGGUGCUGCGAUGCCCUACCAUUAUGGUGCAAUUCUGCAGUCAUUAUACUACCCACAGGCUCAUGUUCAUUGUGAUUCAGCUGGCAUCAACAAGGCAGCAAUUCAGCACGCCUCUGGUCAAUUUAGUUACCAUGAAAAUCACAGAAAACCAUCUCAGGUUGAUGAACACAAACAGUUGGAUGAAAAUCAGCUGCAUCAUUCAAGACAAGUUCUCCGAGAAUCAGGAGAACUAAUUGACUUGGCAAGAGCUCAUGGGGAGCUUGUUAACCAGAGUGCUAGCUGCAGCCAGGAUAUCUGUAAAGGAAUUGGAUGCACUGGUAGUGGUGAAACUGUCAAUACAAAUACGGUAGUUGUCCUAGAAAGUGGCAAUGAAAGUGGUGUCCAGAACUGCGGUUACAAUGGAUUGGAUAGUGAACGGUCUCGCCGUGAAGCUGCCUUGAUAAAAUUUCGUAUUAAAAGAAAAGACCGAUGCUUUGAGAAAAAGGUUAGAUAUCAUAGCAGGAGGAAGCUCGCAGAGCAAAGACCGAGAGUUAAGGGGCAGUUUGUGAGCCAAAAACUGAAAUCAGCUACAACAACAGAUGCGGAAACUGACCAGUAACGAUGUUAAUUCGUGACUGUACUUUUGAUUCUUCCCUUCCCAGGUGAAAACGGUAAUUGAAGUGGUAAGACUGAAGGCUGGCAAAAGUUUUCCUUCCAUGGUUAGCCUUUUUGCACAGGUGAAUUUAUUGGCAUUCGAGCCAUAUUUUGUAAAGCACAUCGAGUUGACAAAUGUUCAGGGAAAAAGGAGUGCACAGAUCCGGAUUUUCAUUGUAUACUUUAAAUGUAUCUGGAGUGAGGAGUCCGUACAGCUUUAACUAACUUUUGUUGCCACUGCAGUAGUUGUAAGGUGUAUGUACUAGUCUGUACACCUAGAACAUCAUUAGUAGUUAGCUUAUCAGUGUAAUAAGGUCAGUUCUGUUCCAUACCCAGCGACUAAUUGUCUCUAAAAGAGUUCCUCUUGCCAGACAGUGGAGGAUAGAUUCAGCAAUUUGCUUGCCUGUAAAUUGAACUAUCCGACCGAGUA